AUGGAGGUGGGGGAAGCCUCAACGCAGUCCAUCGACAACCCUAAGCAACCCAGGAAAAGCACUCGACCGGCUGUUCGCCUGCUACGAAAUUACUACCCUGCUGUCAAACCACUUGUUGACUACCUGGAGCUUCCCGAGCGAAGAGGGGAAGAUGCGAUUUGGAAGGAAGUCCUCGUUGGACUUGGCAGCGACGCGAAACCGACCAAGGGCAAUCAAGUUCAAGUGGACCCAAAACCUCCCUCUGAGCGCUCCGCAAGAACACUGUUGGAAAGACGGGAGGAUGGUGUGACGAUGUCCCAGCUCGUGGAAGCCGCACAAUCCAUCCUGCUAUGGCGCGCCAGCCAAACCAACCGCAAGUCAAACCCUUGCAAGUCGAAUGUUCUCACCUUAGGUUGCCGCUUGAGUAACGAUGCAUACCCUGAAAUGGCGAUUCCUAUCAACAACGGGCCAUACGCGAACAAUCUGGUCUCCAAAUAUGUCGCCUGCGACAUGACUACUAACAAAUUUAUCACCCAAUCGUAUUUAUUUGCUGACAUACUGGAAAGGAUUGGCCCGAAACGUAUGAUGAGCCUUUUGACGGAAACUUCAAUGUACUAUCCAACCGGUAACGGCUGCUACUUUCAAAUCACCGGGAAAUCUGUUUUUGAGCUCCCGAUCCUAGAGGAAAGCCAACUAUCACCGAAGGGAAGCGCGUUGGUCGAUGUUGUACUUGUCAAGAAGGACUUGAUGUACACUAGAGUACGUCGAAGUGCAGCAGGAAGAAACCAAAUGGGUUUUCCAUCAGACUUCGCAUUAUGCCAAAUACACGACCCUGCAACCCCGCUAUCGAACGAGUAUUUUAAAGCGGUAUAUUUGUCAAAACAUAUUUUCCCCGCCCAGUAUUCUCUUGCCUCAUUCAACGGGGAGACUCAUUCUGAAGCCGUCCACAAAAUGCGCAAGUUCAAAACUCCUCGACGCUUAAAACCCUUGGUCCAGCCGAACGGCUUUCUACACAAAGUCGUGGUAAAGUCUAAGGGCAUGCAAGUUAUUCACGUCCUCAACAGAUGCUGUCCGAGUAAAUUUCUCAACUGCAAUGUAAGUCCAGAGGAAAGAUUGAGCCUAAUAGAAUUGGCAGAACCAAUUCAGGAAAACUCUUUGGAAUCCACCAACUGUUCCACGGCCGCGGGUUCAAGUCGUACACAGCCUUUAUGUUUUGAAGGACCAUCUGAGAGCAACAAGCCUCCUACUCCGAAAUUUAGUCGGUUUGUUUGCUCGCCUCAUGAAGUGGAGACAUUCCUCUGGGCCAUGAUCCAUGCCUGUGGCCUCUCCCACUGGUGGGGUCGAGAUUCCAAACACAACGAGCAAGUCGUUCGCAACAAUAUUCGUCAAAUUGUCAACCUGCGAAUGUUCGAAAAGAUCUCGUUACACCAACUGGCCCAGGACCUCAAAUUCAAAGCGUGCGAUGAAUGGAUCUCUCGAAAUUCCCAGGAUCAUCAUUCUGAGGAAAUGCUCCACGAUUUUCUGUGGUGGUUCUAUUUCUCAUUCAUUGGUGGAUUAAUCAAGAAUACUUUCUUUGUCACCGAAUCGGCGAGUUUUAGAAAUCGAACCUUGUAUUUUCGCCUGGAUGAUUGGGAGCAAAUCUGCCGCCCUCUACUCCAGUGUUUAAAAACGACUUUAUUUACCAAGGUAGAUGAAAAAAUUUUAAAAAACGGCAAGUCACAACUUGGACAUUCGUUUCUUCGUCUGCUGCCGAAGAAUAGCGGUGUUAGACCUAUUGUAAAUCUCAAGCGCAAAAGCUCCUCGCCAACAGGCCUGUCCAACAACUCGAUUUUGCAGAAUUUAUUUUCAGUGUUAUCGUAUGAGAAAAACGUGUCACCUGAUAGAAUGGAGUACUCAGUGCUUGGCUUGGAUCACGUUUAUACUCGCUUCAAAGAGUUUCGAUCUCGUUUCGGAAGUUCUCUUCCAGAUUUUCAUUUUGUUAAGGUUGACAUCCGAGCAUGUUUCGACUCUAUUCAACAAGAGAAAAUACUGGAAGUCAUCAAUGGACUUUUUUCCGAGGAUCAAUAUGUGAUUCAAAAAUAUGUCAAAACGACGUCACUGGGAGCUGGACCCCAAAAGACAUUCAAGCAUUUCAAGCGUCAAGCUUACCCAAGUGAUGAAGUGCCCGACUUUGAUAAGUUUGCGGUUGACCUCUCCAGAACACUGAAAAACGUACUAUUCAGUGACCAAGUUCAAUACGCCCAUGUGGACAAGCAGGAUCUGAUGGAUCUUUUGAAAGAGCACAUUACACAAAACUUUGUCAAAAUCGGAGCGGGCAGAUAUCAACAGAAAAACGGUAUUCCACAGGGUUCAAUUAUAUCGCCCCUAUUAUGCAGUUUAUUUUACGCAGAUAUGGAUAGAGAAAGGCUGGGCUUCACAAAAACUGCCAAUUCGAUCUUGGUCCGACUGAUAGAUGAUUUUAUCUACAUCACAACUUCACAAAGCGAUGCAGAGCGAUUCUUAAAAGUGAUGGCUGAGGGAAGCAAGGAAUACGGAUGCUUUAUUUCCAUGGAAAAGACACUAAUCAACUUCAAAUAUGGAGGAGUAAAACAAGUCGUUGACCAUGAUUUUCCAUGGUGUGGUCACCUGAUCAAUACCAAAACUCUGGAGUUCAAAGCUGAAAUGGCCAGAUUUAAUGGGAUUCACCUCUCUGAUACCUUGACUGUCGAUAGAACCAAAACGCCCGGCCAGCUUUUCUGCCAAAAGAUGUAUCAAUCAGUUCGGGUCCGAAUCCAUGUUAUAUAUCUUGAUUCAAAACUAAACUCCAUGUCAACUGUAUUGCUUAAUGUUUAUCAAGCCCUCAGACUAGUCGCUGCCAAGUAUGUUGCACAUGUGACUGCCUGGGGUGCUGACACGAUCAAAGGCUGGAAGUUCUUUCACGGGGUGAUCGAAAAUAUUUUCAUUUUUUUCUUUGCUUGUACUCAGAAACAAGUCAAACAAGAGUAUGUUAAGAAGGCGGGUGGAUGUUGCGACAUUAAACUAAGAGACGUCAUCUGGUUGGGCCGCCAAGCAUUUAAAAUCACUUUGGCUCGCAAGCCGCACAAGUUCGGUCUGAUUCUCAAACAAAUCAAAGCCGAUUUCAGGUCUCAGACUAAACUUCAUAUAACCAGACAAGAAAUACUGAAGUUGCAGGCCGUAAUUAAAUUGAAGGAAAACUUGACGUUGGAUAGGUUGAAAUACUGA